UCCACUCGAAUCACCUUUUGGCACGAGCGGAGAGGAAGAAGGUCGUUUACAACUCAGAAACACACUCUCUGCGUAAUACCAUGGCCUUGCCACCCAAAACUGAUUUUGUGCGACCUGCCCUCUCCCGAACCCAAAGCCAGUAUCCAUUCGGUUAUCCCGCUCCUCCCGUCACUGCUCCUUCUACUCAGAGCGAGGACGCGACAAUUACUGAUGCUGUAUUAGAGCUUUCUGACGGUACCGCUUUUAGAGGCAUUUCCUUCGGUGCUGAAGGUAAAAGCGUAGCGGGAGAAUGUGUCUUCCAGACCGGCAUGGUGGGCUAUACCGAGUCCCUCACCGAUCCAUCAUACGAGGGUCAAAUUCUAAUUCUCACCUACCCGCUCAUCGGCAACUACGGUGUCCCUGCACGCCCGUACACAGACUCCGUCGAGGAUCUUCCGACUGACUUUGAAUCUUCGCGUAUCCACGUCGCAGCGGUCGUCGUGGGUUAUUAUUCGGAAGACUACAGCCAUUACUUGGCAAACUCUUCGCUAGGUACAUGGCUCAAGGAGUGCAAUGUGCCUGCUAUUUAUGGUGUCGACACCCGUGCGCUCACGAAAAAGAUCCGAGAGAAGGGUUCUAUGUUGGCGAAGGUGCUGGCAAGGAAGCACGAAAUUGUGAGCAUGGGCGCACCUAGGUUAUCCGAGAGUCGCUCUCUGUCUCCCCCCGGAUCGCCCAAAUGGAGGGAGGACUUCAUCGACGUGCCUUUCCGUGAUCCCAAUCUUGACAACCUCGUCGCUGUGGUCUCGAUCAAAAUUUCUCGUGUCUUCGAACCCAUCACCGAACCUCGGAUGCACCCGUCGGGCAAGCGACCCCUUCGAGUUCUGGCUGUGGAUGUUGGUAUGAAGUUCAAUCAAAUCCGGUGCUUUACCCACCGUGGCAUUCAGCUCAAGGUUGUUCCCUGGGACUACGACUAUUUGGACCCUUCCGAGGAGCCCUUUGAUGGGCUUUUCAUCUCUAAUGGUCCCGGUGACCCCACCAUGGUCACACCUUCCAUCAAGCGUUUGGCAGAAGCCAUGGCGAGAGCAGACAGGCCCAUCUUUGGUAUUUGUCUCGGACACCAACUCCUGGCGCUUGCCGCAGGUGCAAAAACCUCGAAGAUGAAGUACGGUAAUCGUGGACACAACAUCCCGUGCACGGACGCGUUAAGUGGACGGUGCUAUAUCACAAGUCAGAACCAUGGUUUCCAAGUCGACACUGCGACACUUCCCGAAGGCUGGCAAGAACUCUUCCAGAAUGCGAACGAUGGAAGCAACGAGGGCAUCUACUGCAUAGACAAGCCUUUCUUCUCUGUGCAAUUCCACCCCGAAUCUACUCCUGGUCCUCGCGACACCGAGUUCCUAUUCGAUGUCUUCAUCCAGAAUAUCUUGGAUUGUGUGACCACUAGUAGCCUGAAACCUAUCAAGAUGCCAGGUGGCACGAAGGAAGAGAACGAGAAGCGUACUCCGCGCGCAGACGUUCAAAAGGUUCUUAUCUUGGGUUCUGGUGGUCUCUCCAUCGGUCAAGCCGGAGAGUUUGAUUACUCCGGUUCGCAAGCCAUCAAAGCGUUGAAGGAAGAAGGCAUAUACACUAUCCUUGUCAACCCCAAUAUUGCCACCAUUGCGACUUCGAAGGGUCUUGCCGAUAAAGUCUAUUUCUUACCCGUCACUCCGGAAUUCGUGCGCAAGAUCAUUCAAUACGAAAAACCCGAUGGUAUCUACGUCACUUUCGGUGGUCAAACCGCUCUCAACGUUGGUAUCAAACUCAAGGAUGAGUUUGAGAGUCUCGGGUGCAAGGUUCUCGGUACCUCCAUCGACACGAUCAUUAUGACCGAAGAUAGGCAACUCUUCGCUAGCGCUAUGGAGGAAAUCGGUGAACGUUGCGCUCAAUCGCAGACUGCUACUACGCCUGAAGAGGCUGUUGCUGCUGCGAAAGCAAUCGGAUAUCCUAUCAUUGUCCGUGCGGCGUACGCUCUGGGAGGUCUAGGAUCUGGAUUUGCACAGAAUGAGGGUCAAUUGAAGGCGCUGUGUAGCAAGGCGUUCGCGACUAGUCCCCAGGUGUUGGUCGAGAAGAGUAUGAAGGGCUGGAAGGAAAUCGAGUAUGAGGUUGUUCGUGAUUGCAGAGACAACUGCAUUACUGUUUGUAAUAUGGAGAACUUCGAUCCUCUCGGCAUCCACACUGGAGACUCAAUCGUCGUCGCUCCUUCACAAACUUUGUCUGACGCUGACUACAACAUGUUGCGAACUACUGCUAUCAACGUCAUUCGACACCUCGGAGUCGUCGGAGAGUGCAACAUCCAGUACGCUUUGAACCCCAUUUCGAAAGAGUACUGUAUCAUCGAAGUCAACGCUCGUCUAUCUCGUUCCUCCGCACUCGCUUCUAAGGCGACUGGAUACCCUCUUGCUUUCAUUGCCGCCAAACUCGGUCUCGGUAUUCCUCUCAACGAGAUCAAGAAUAGUGUCACCAAAGUUACUAGCGCUUGCUUCGAACCCAGUUUGGACUACGUCGUGGUGAAGAUUCCUCGCUGGGAUCUCAAGAAGUUCAGCCGCGUGAGCCCGUUGUUGAGUAGCAGCAUGAAGAGUGUCGGUGAGGUCAUGAGUAUCGGAAGGACGUUCGAGGAGACAAUUCAGAAGGCCAUUCGGGCCAUUGACGACCAGUUCUCUGGCUUUUCUGACAACGAUCUGGUCGAGGAUAUUGACGAGGAGUUGGUCAAUCCCACUGACAAGCGCAUCUUCGCUCUGGCCGCCGCAUUCUACAAGGGUUAUUCGGUUGAGAAGAUUUGGCAGAUGACCAACAUUGACAAGUGGUUCUUGACAAAGUUGCAGUCCAUCCACAGGAUGGAAAGUCGUUUGUCCGAAUGCAAUGUCUCGACUAUCAGCCCGGACCUUCUUCGUCAAGCAAAGCAACUAGGUUUCUCCGAUCGUCAGCUUGCGAGUUGCAUGGGCUCCACCGAACUCGCCGUUCGUCGUCUCCGUCAAGAAAGCGGCAUUGCGCCCUUCGUAAAGCAAAUCGACACCGUGGCUGCUGAGUUCCCUGCCUUCACCAACUACCUUUACACAACCUACAACGCUAUCGAACACGACAUCACCUUCAAUGAACGCGGUGUUAUGGUCUUGGGUUCCGGUGUCUAUCGCAUCGGAUCGUCCGUUGAGUUUGAUUGGUGUGCUGUACGCGCCAUUCGUACCCUUCGCGACAAUGGGCUCCAAACCAUCAUGGUGAACUAUAACCCGGAGACGGUCUCUACCGAUUACGACGAAGCGGACAAACUAUACUUCGAGAAUAUCAGUUUGGAGACCAUCCUCGAUAUCUACGACACGGAACAUGCACGCGGUGUCAUUAUUUCGAUGGGCGGUCAAACUCCGAACAACAUCGCUCUGCCUCUUUAUCGCCAGAACGUCAAGAUUUAUGGAACCUCUCCAGAGAUGAUUGAUACCGCCGAGAACAGGUUCAAGUUCUCCCGUCUGUUGGACGAGAUUGGCGUGGACCAGCCUCAAUGGAAGGAAUUGUCUAGCUUCAAGGAAGCUCACUGGUUCUGCCAAAAUGUUGGUUACCCCGUACUCGUUCGGCCUUCCUAUGUCCUUUCCGGCGCUGCUAUGAACGUCGUCUUCAGCCAGGAUGAUUUGUCAAGCUACUUAUCUCAAGCCACCGCAGUUUCUCGCGAACAUCCCGUGGUCAUCACCAAGUACAUCGAAGGCGCGAAGGAGAUUGAGAUGGAUGCCGUUGCUAAGGAUGGGAAGAUGAUCAUGCAUUACAUUUCUGAGCAUGUCGAGAAUGCGGGCGUUCACUCUGGAGAUGCCACGCUCAUCCACCCUCCCCAGGAUCUAGACCCAGAAACUGUUCGUCAGAUUGUGGAAGCUACCGCUAAGAUCGGAGAUGCGUUGAACGUCACCGGACCCUACAACAUCCAAUUUAUCGCCAAGAACAACGAGAUCAAGGUCAUCGAAUGCAACCUUCGAGCUGCUCGUUCAUUCCCCUUCGUGUCCAAGGUCACUGGAAUCGACGCCAUCGAGAUGGCGACCAAGGUCAUGAUGGGAAUUCCAGUCGAGCCAUACCCCGAUCCUGGUUUGCCUACUGAUUACGUUGGUGUCAAGGUUCCUCAGUUCAGCUUCAGUCGAUUGUCCGGUGCCGAUCCUGUUCUUGGUGUAGAGAUGGCGUCUACUGGAGAGGUCGCUUGUUUCGGCAAAGACAAGUACGAAGCGUACCUGAAGGCACUCAUCUCUACAGGCAUUAUUGUCCCGAAAAAGAACAUUCUUUUCUCGAUUGGUGGAUACAAGGAGAAACUCGAGUUACUUCCUUCGGUUCAGAAAUUGCAUGCCGCAGGGUAUAACAUUUUUGCAACGUCAGGAACAGCAGAUUUCCUAACGGAGCACAACGUGCCUUGCAAGUAUCUUGAAACUCUCCCAGAGGAUUCCAAGGAUCAGCAGAAAUCGGAGUAUUCGCUCACUCAGCAUCUUGCAAACAACUUGAUCGACAUGUACAUCAACCUUCCGUCCAAGAACCACUAUCGCCGACCUGCUAGCUACGCUAGCAAGGGAUAUCGCACACGUCGUAUGGCUGUCGACUUCGCCGUUCCUUUGAUAACGAAUGUCAAGGUUGCCAAGCUCUUCUUCGAGGCUCUCGUCCGGAAAUAUCCUCUUGAUGUUUCACCCGUCGAUUUCAAGACUUCACAUCAGACGUACACAUUCCCUGGAUUGGUGAACAUUGCUGCCUUUGUCCCCGGGUUGACAUCAACAAGUCCAGACGAUCUCGCGGAUGCGCUGAAAGCAUCCAUCAGUGGAGGUUUUGCAACUGCCCUCAUCUUGCCUUACAACAUAUCCGACAAGCUGGUGGAUCGUGCCUCGUUGGACAUCGUCCGUGCCAAUAUCUCAAAGGCGCCUUAUUGCAACUAUGCUGUAAGCGUGGUUGCCACGUCCACGAACCUGAAUGAGCUGGAUGAAGAAUUGCAAGCUGACGUCAAAUCGUUGUUCAUUCCCUUCGACCACAUGGGCCUUAACCUCUCAAUCUCGGCCAUCGCUUCGCAUUUCGCUUCCUGGCCGGUUAACAAACCUGUUGUCACCAACGCAAGAGGCACUGACCUUGCACCUGUCCUGCUGAUGGCAGGUUUGCAUGACCGAAGCCUUCAUGUGACCGAUGUACAGAGCAAAGACGAUCUGUUGUUGAUUUCCCUUAACAAGGCUAAGGAACAGAAAGUCACUUGUGACGUUUCUGUCUAUUCACUCUUCUUUACGCGCGACGAUUUCCCCAGCGCAACGUGUCUUCCCUCGGUUGAAGAUCAGAAGGCUCUUUGGCAGGGUCUGGAGUCUAUCGAUGCAUUCUCCGUGGGUAGUACACCUUAUAGCCUUUCACGGGAGUUGGACAAGGAGGCUUCUACCUGGACCGGCAUCGACGAAGCGUUACCUUUGCUUCUUACUGCUGUCGCCGAAGGUCGACUUACGCUCAAGGAUAUUCAGCUCCGACUUCAUGAAAAUCCUAUCCGCAUUUUUGGUCUUCCCGACCAAGUUGCGACACAUGUGGAGGUUGUGAUUGGUCGUCGAGCCCACAUUGGCACAAGCAAAAAGCAUGGGCAGAAAGCGUGGUCACCUUUGGACGGCAAAAUGCUUGAUGGUGCUGUACACCGAGUCGUGCUUCACGGUCAAACUGCGUUCUUGGAUGGUGUACUUGGUAGUACUCCGGCCGGUCGUGAUAUGUCGAGCGCUAUAAUUGCACAUCAGCAAGUCGAAAGACGUCCGUCAAUUUCUGGACAGAGACCAGAAAUCAGUCCGAUGGUUUCGUUCUCCAAGUUGCCCGAGCCCGCUGCUCCUCAAACGGUAUCCGCUCUAGGCGCCAACAUUCCUGCAGCGUAUGGUCCAGCUAGGGGCCCACAGAUCUUGUCGAGCCUUCUGCCUCAUCCUGCAUUCCAUCGUCGCCACGUUUUGUCGGUCAAGCAAUUCUCACACAAGGAUGUGCAUGAUCUUUUCACGCUUGCGCAUGAGAUGCAAUUGCAGGUGGAGCGUAGUGGUGUCCUCGAUAUACUGAAGGGCAGGGUGCUCUGCACUCUGUUCUACGAACCUUCCACACGCACCUGUUCUUCCUUCGACGCUGCUAUGAAGCGAUGCGGAGGCGAAGUUGUAAAUGUGAAUGUCGACUCGUCUUCUGUUUUGAAGGGUGAGACAUUGCCAGACACUAUCAGGACUCUGGGGUGCUAUGCGGACGCAAUCGUGAUUCGCCAUCCUGAUGUUGGCAGCUCCCAACUCGCUGCGAAAUAUUCUCCUGUUCCUAUCAUUAACGCUGGUGAUGGUGUCGGAGAGCAUCCUAGUCAGGCCCUUUUGGACGUCUACACAAUUCGUUCUGAACUCGGUACUGUCAAUGGGAAGACCAUCACGCUUUUAGGUGAUCUGAAAAAUGGACGCACUGUUCACAGCCUAGUGACGCUCCUCUGCAUGUAUUCUGUGCGACUAAACUUUGUCUCUCCUGCGUCUCUCGCGAUGCCCGCGAGUGUUGUUUCGGCCGCUCGUAAAGCGGGCGCCCAUGUCUACCAGUGCGAGUCGCUCGAGGAUGUACUGACGGACACCGACGUCCUCUACGUGACGCGCGUACAAAAGGAACGCUUCGCGAGUGAAGCAGAGUGGAGUGGCGUGAAGGAUGCAUACCGAAUUGACCAUGCUUUGCUGUCAAGGGCUAAGUCGGACAUGAUUGUCAUGCACCCACUUCCAAGAGUCACUGAAAUCGACCCUGAAGUCGACUUCGACUCUCGCCGAGCUGUUUACUUCCGACAGAUGCGUUAUGGGCUCUUCAUCCGCAUGGCUCUUCUGGCAAGCGUCAUGAUUUAAAAGUACCCUCAGUUUUACAUAAUUAUCCAUCAUGCAUGAAUUCGUGGACUCUUCAUGGCUUGAUAUUGCAAAGAUAGACACGGCAAGGGAUUCCCUAAGAUGCAGCUUCAUGAGUAGGAAAAGUACCAAGUAGAAUGUACAUUUAGACAACAAUUGUAAAGAACAACCCCCCUACAUAGUUUCGAAUAGUAUACUGUUUUGAAUACUUGGAUCUCCAAAGCUAGUGACCAGGCGAAUGUUACUUGUGCAAUGUUUUCUCCUU